AUGCAGUCCAAGCACCAAACAAACCCACGCAAGGCGGCGUCGUCCACGAGCAAUGAGCAGAGUGCACGAGCACGAGUCCAGUCCCGAGAACCAUCCCACUUAAUGACUCAGUCCUGCGACCAGUGUCAGAUGAGGCGAAAAAAGUGUAACCGAACUCUACCAUGCACGCUUUGUGACAAGUCCGAGCUCAAGUGCACAUAUGCCAACAAGCUGAAGAAACGGGGGCCUAAGGGAAAGAUUGUGGAGCGGAUUAAACGAUUGCAGGCCCAGGAGGACCAUGGGGAGGAGAAAGAGGAGGAGAGCGUGUUGUCAAUAAGCAAACGUAUGGACGGCGUCCAUGAGGGCGCCCUGAUACUUGGCUCAUCUAGCACCAACCUCCUCGCCCCGAUGACUUCACCGCUAGCCAUCCCCCUUCCACUUCUUCGUAAUGGCUCCUUGUCUAUCCUUACGACAUCUGACAUGCACUCCCUUGUCACGACGUACUUUCAACAUAUCCACCCCUGCUACCCAUUCUUGGAUCGGGGGUGGCUCUUGGGGCGUCUCCGAGCUGGCGAGUGCGUACAGGGAGAAGACACCACGUUUGGAACCAUGGUCUUGGCCCUCUGCGCGCUCACCAUGUGCUUUGUCUCCGAGGUUAUUCGGAGCGAUCGAAGCCACGAAUUCCGAGCCCGCCGUGAACAGGUUGCAUCAGAAGUAAUUCUUCGCCAUUAUAGGCGCGCGUUGGGAAACGACACCCACAUUGAGGAGGUGAUUACCACCUUUCAUCUCGGACUGUACUUUUCAAUCCUCCAUGGCGAUAAGGCGGGCCACUUUCGAGUAGCCGAAGCAGCGCACCUCGCCAGGUCUAUGGGGCUCCAUCGCGCCAUCACCUACGUCGACAUGGAUGCCGAGGAACGCAUUCGAGCCAUGGCAGUGUAUUGCUUUGUGGUCGUUCGAAACAGAGCCUGUGAACUGCGACAAGGCACCAGCGAGGUGGUCUACCUUGGACAGUCGCCCCUGCUACCCGCGUUUGACGAUGUCUGCGGUCCCUUCUCAAACCUCGCCAGGGUAGACUCGCGAACUGAAGAAAUUUGCCACCUGUUGCUCCUCAUCAACCUUUACGAGGUGGUCACUCCAAACUUUUGCUGUUGUGCGCGCGACUUGUGCGACCCUUCCGAGUGUCGACUCAGCGCCUCUGACCUGGUUCGGUAUGCUGCCAAGCUAGAGCGAGCUUUUGAGUCCGAGAACGUGUUUGGCCAUUCGGCCCGCUCUCGGCAUACUGGAGCAGGCGCGCUGGGUCGAGAACAGGAAGGGGGUAAAUACCGCAGCUGGCCCCUCGAAAUUGUGGAUUGCGUUGCUCAGGUGGUGAGCACGGCCAUGUUGCGGUCUCUGCACAUCCAGGGGACCGGAAUGGCACACCGGUUGAGCUAUAUUAACGAUUGUGCUUCUGCGUAUGUCCAGGCGAACGCUGUGGACGAACGUGACCUCGAGCGAGCGCUACAGAACAUGCGGACGAUCUCCGACGUGGUGCUCCGUUGGGAUCCGGUGUGCUGGACGCGAUGUUUCAUCUAA